AUGCCCUGCAUGACGAUCCUUCCAAAGUUGCCUUUGGCGGGGUGGGUGUUCCUGGGAACACCAGCUGACUGGAUGAGCGUGGCUCUGCAUGCGAGGCACCACGGUGUGCACCCGGCAGCGAACCAGCUCAGCGAGAUCAGACGGGAUCAAGCAGUAGCGGGGGCGGGGCUACCUGCUAAUAGUCGUCACCACCUCGGCGCCACAAACGGCCACAAAUGGGCCACAAACGGCCCGCCGAGGCCCGGCAUCCUCCAACCCGACAGAGCCGAGUUUCCUCCAGUCGACCCGGGCACACUUGCGUCCCAUACUGAAUCUGCCCAGGCUUGA